CAUCCCGGAAGUAGCGGUGCAUUGUGGGCCAGGAGAGUGACCCUGAGCUGGUUUGCUGCUUGCUCAGUUGUUUGGUGCCCAGAGAAGGCAGGGGUGAAUCAUGUGGUAUGAAAUCAUACCCAGCUUAGCUAUAAUGACUGGCUGCCUCAUGGUGCCAGGAUUGGCCACCACCUGGAUCCAGAGGUACACCAAUGGGGGCAAGGUGAGUGCUUCUCAUGGACCUUAUUCCUUGUGUAAUAUGGCUGCAGGGAUAGUGCUAUGUGUAUUAUUGUUAUUAGCUGUAGGGAGGAUGUGGUGUGUCUUCCUAUAGUUGUGAGCAUGGUUAUUAAAAAAACAAAAUAAAAACAAAUUACAAACUCUAUCUAGUAAAUAUCAAAAUAAAAACUUUAGGUGAUAUUAGCUGAUCUGGGGAAAAAAUAUAUCCAACAAUGCCGUAAUCACAGCUUGUUAGGGUAUGUUAGCCCAAAUUGGGAUAUUGCAGUUGGGAUAUUUUUUUUUGUUAAAGGGUUAUACCAAACACCAUGACCACUUCAGUGAUUUGAUGUAGUCUCGGUGCCUUUAGUCUUGCUAGGAGACGCUAUACAAAUAGAGUUGAACUCCUCUGCUGGAGGUAUAACAAUUGGGGUGUCUUCAACCAAUCAAAGGGACACUAUUAGCACGCAGAUCUCUUAAUUGUAGUCCCGCGUUAACCUUGUAGAAACGGCAGUGUUUACAUUGCAGGGUUUAAUUGCCUCAAGUGACUGACUCUGGAGGUACUUUUUGUGAAAUAGCAAAGUGGAUUGGCUGAGAUCAUCAAUCUUGAAGAUCUCAGCCACGGAGGCGGGACAGCAGUGGGGAGAACAGCACUGCAAUGGAAAUAAGGUAAGUGAAUCUGUGUAAUGUUUAACUCCUUACAGAUGGGGACCGAACACCUGUACUGUACAGGGCAUUAUUGUGUAGGAAGGCACAUUUUGUAUUCCUAACGCUAUAGUGUUCCUUGCUGGCUAGUAUCAGCUAUGUGCAACUUUCAUUGCACAGAAUGUCAGUCAUUGGCUGAUAGCUGCCAGCUGAUGCUCUCAACCAAUGAAUGGAGACCGCCACAGCUGUGCAGAAGCUGGAAGCAGAUGACCAGACCUCCAGGGAGCGUCAGAACCCAGUAAGGUAAGGGGGAAAAUGGUUGCGAAACGGUUCUAUCCAUUAUAGGAGAACUGAGCCAGGGUAUUCCUGACAUCGUAACCACUACAGCGGGUUCUCGGCAGCACGGAACUCAGAUCUCAGUAAUCAUAUGUGGUUACACUGAGAUUUAGUUAAAGCAGCCAUGAGCUUACCUUUCUCCAGUCAUUUCCUCUUUACCAAUCAGUUUUUCUUUUUCGAUUUAUUUCUCUUUAAAACACAUAAGACAAAGUAGCAUACCCUGGGCAGAGGAGUGCAGAGGCAGUAUAUCAUUGCCAAAACCUUUAACCUGGUGCCGCAAACUAUGAAAAGAAUUAAGGUGAUUUAGGGUCCAAUAGAAAUAUGGGAACACUGAAGAGUAGUACAGUCAGGACACAUAAUACGGUGAGGCCAAGACAGACCUUCUUUAAUUAGAAUGUACUGAAUAUAUAGGAAAUUAGUUGAAAUAAUGUGCUUUUUAUAUAUCAUUUUUUAUUUACAGGAAAAGAGACUUGCUCGCAAUCAUUACCAGUGGUAUCUAAUGGAGAGAGACAAGAGAGUUUCUAAGGAACAAAUAUAUUACAAAUCAAAGGUAAAGCUUUGUUCAGUGUGGGAAAUCCUAGAAGCCUUUGUGUAUACCUUUCACUAAAUAGUAUUUCAGCUUGUACUCCUUGCAUAGGUCAUGCAACAAGGCUCUCCCCGGUCAUUGUCCUUUUUUUUUUUUUACUUUUUUUUUUUACAUAAUUGUUCAGUCCCACACCAACACUCAUAUACAAGCUUUGUUGACCAUACAAGUACUUGUAUAGAGUGGACCUGCAGUACUAGCUCUUGUGGUGUACCAAGUGCUGUAGGUUUAGAAUGUAUAAGUAAAGGUUUAGCCUGGCUAAGCAUUGUAGAGGUUCGGAUAUACUCCUUGAUGGCAGGUGUUCCCUAACUGUAUGUCACAAUCAACACUUUCAGCUCUAAAUAGCACUAACUUCACCUUACCUUAGCGAUAUUGUUUUAAAUUAUGCUGCAGUAGGGCAGAGGUUUCCGGGAUGAGUUCAGCCUUCAUUGAACACAAUUAUUUCUGAUUGACUAGUCUAGUGAAAUGCAGACCCUUUAAAUGUAUUUUUAUGUUUUUUUGUAAGGCAUUAACCAAUGGAUGCAUUUCAUACAGAUUAUACCAUUAUAACUUUGCAUCACUGCAAACAUAAUGUACAGAAUGUAAAUUGGUCCAUGGUAUUGUUGUCUAAUAGUGCAGCAACUGGUGCAAAAACACUGGAGUUCUAGGUCUCUCUAUGUGAAAGCAGGAAUUUUGCUUACUUCGUUGCCUUACAAGGUUCAGAGUGUGCACACUGAGCAUAUCUCUCUGCAGAACUAAAGCCUUGUUUAGAAAACUGUGAAUUAGUAGUGGCUGUGGUUUGGCUGCUAUCAACUUAGUCUUGUAUGAUGAGUUGACCUGAAGCUGGGGUCUAAAAUGUAUACCUCUUACAAACCUUAGUUGGACAGGUGUUAAUGUGGUUUUAAAAAAAAAAAAAAAACAUACAGCCUUUUAGUAGUCCUUCUUCUUGCAAACGAGGGGUCUCUGUAGUGCAGCACUUGUCCUCGAAAACCUGUCUGACUAUUUUUGAACAAGGCAGCCAUUCUUAUAGCUUAGGAGUUAUGUGCAUGCAAGAAUAAACUGUGUUGGCUAGGUUGACAUGUUACAGUGCUCACAGCCUAUUAUUUCUAACAAGGUUGGAUUGAUAAUGCUGAAGAUCCCUUCCGCGUUAUCCAAAUAACUGCAAAGAUGCUAGGUGUAAUGGAGAUUCCCCCCUUUUCUAAAACAGUUUAACAAUGACUGGGAAAAUGGCAUCCAAAGACUCUUUGCACCAUAACCACUACAAGGUGUAGUGAUUCUGGUGCUUAGAAUGUCUCACUAAUAUGUCUACACAUAUACACGGACAUGGAGACUGGCAGUUUACAGAGAAAUUUUGAGCAAUGGCCAUGCUCCUGCCCGUGUUCCAAACAACUAAGGAACUCAAAGCAGAAAACUGUACCACUGCCAUUACUGAUCUGUGAACAGGAUGAGCCAAAGAUAGUGUUUGACUUACUGCCCCACGGGUUGAGCUAUAAGCUUUCUACUCAUCCCUUCCACUAUUGCAUGUACAGUUAAAGGUUUACGUUGGAAUGGUUAUGAUGCAAGGAGAACCCUGACCAAGUUCCCCUGUAAUGUUAUAUUAGGGGAGAAAGUAAAGUGUGGUUAAAAAGCCUGUAUCUCAUGCAAAACACUUUUUUUUUAUUUUUAUAAACCAUAAAGGCUAUUUUAAAGGGUUACUGUAAGCACCAUAGCAGCCUAUAUGCUCAGUGUGGUCCCCAACCCAGUCCUCAUGGACCACAAACAGUCUGGGUUUUGUCAGUAGCUCCAUUUGAAUAAAUAGGGGAAAUACAUAAAUCCUGGACUGUUAGUGGUCCUGCGUAAUCUCAGUGUCCCUGCAAACAGAAUUUUAUAACUUCUCCAGUUUGUAGAUAGAUUUUAUAACUUCUGCAGUUUGUAGAUAAGGUCAGGGACUAAUUAAAAGUAUUUUGAAAUAUUGGGCAGACUAGAUGGGCCGAAUGGUUCUUAUCUGCCGUCACAUUCUAUGUGAAACAAAACCGGGUGUCUAUUUAGAAGAAGAAGCAGUUAUACUUUGCUGUGCUGUUGAUUAUUUUGUAUGGGCCUGAAUAAUUCCAGGAGUUUUUAUACCAGUUACAUGAUGCAUUACAUAUAUUUAAUUGUCAUUUUUCUUUCUUUCUUUUUUUUUUUAGGGAUUGGAAAAUAUUGUCUAAUUUUCAAGGUGCCGAAUAGAAGAAACCAGAAAUGUAACACACCUUUCAUUUCAUUAUAUUUAAAUAAAAUGUGUAAAUAUAUCAUCUCAAAUAAUGAUCAUCUUUAUUUACAGUGUUACACUCCAUUACUAAACACAUUUACAAAAGAGAAGAUUUGUUUUGGUAUGUUUACAGGGGGCAUCUUUAUUCAAAAGAAAAGGUACAUUAGUUUAGUGCUUUUUUUUUUUUUUUUUUUUUUUUUUUUUUUUUUUACUUAGAAAGUAGAACAGCACAUAUUUAUUAGAGAGCUAUAACCCUCAAAAUUCCAUUGUCAUUUUAAAAGAAGGUUUAUUCUGCCCUUUUGGCAUUCAUUUGAUCAAAUUAGCUAUACUACAAAAGCCCAGGAAUGGUGGAGGUAUGAGUUUGCCUGAUUUUAUUCAAUACUUCUACACCACCAAAGCUGCCUCUGCCUUUAAAUUUAAUCUCGAUUGUGAAUGCCCUCAAUGGCUUGAGAUGUAGGCAGCUAAGCUUUCUCCACACCUUAUUAAGGAGGUGUUGUGGCUGCCUUCACCUCAAAGACCAUGUAUAACCAAUAUGUUUCAUUCUACAAAAACUACAAUUAAAUUGUUUUAGAGCAGGGGUUCCUAGUUAUUUUUUGUUUCCGUGGAACCCCACCGCCGGGUAAAAAAACAAAAACAAAAGUGUUUUUUUUUUUGUUUGUUUGUUUUUUUAAUGUAUGUCUGUGUAUCUGUGUAUGUAUGUUUGUAUCUUGCACACACCUUGACACACAGUGUGUGUCUGUUUCAACGUAUGUGUAUCUAACACACACGGGCACAUAGUGGCACACAAAUAUACACACAUUGACACUGUCACACUCAGAUACACACUGAUAUACACUGGCACAUACACAUACCGACCUACACAAACACAUUCAGAUACACACAGUGACACAUACACAAACCUUGAUACACACUCAGACACAUACUCUUUGACACACACAUACUCUCUUACAAACACAUACACACUCAAGCACACAUACACACUUUGACAGACACGCAAACAAAUACAAACUCCCUAACAGACACACAUACAAUUUAUUAUUAUUUUUUUUUAAAUUUUACUCCACCCAGCCUCCCUACCUCUGGGAGUGCUGGCAUGGAGUCUCUAUGUCCCUGUGGUCCAGUGGUGCUUCUGGGUUGAGCCUGGGGUUCUGUGAGGCAGCUGGCGUGGGGUCCAGUGGGGCUGCUGAAUGGCUGGUGUGCGGACGACGAGGGAGCAGUGAUCUCCCUGCUCAGCUCCCUUGCGCGCCUCUUAUUGAUGCCGGAGUGACGUCGUAUUCCAGCUCCGGCAUCACUGCUGUGUGCACAAGGGAGCUGAGCAGGGAGAUCACUGCCCACUGCUCCCUCGCCACCCACAACCUUUUUGUUUUAAGAAAUUGUUGCGGAACCCCAUUCUCGCGGAACACCCAUUGGGAAACACUGGUCUAGAGCAACCCCUAUAUCAGUGUUAAAGAUGUUUCUGAUAUUAAUGUGAAUUACUGGUCCCUUCUUUCCUUUUCUUAACUGAAAACUAGAUAUGCCUUGGAUGAAAUAAUGACUGAUUGAAUAAUUGAUAGAUGUGGCCUUUUUGGACAGCAUCUGACAAACUGUAAAUUGGACAUGUCUCUUUUUGAAAUGAUCCUGCUCGGAAACAGAUGAUUUUUGUUUGCUGUAAUUUGUUGGCUGGAAUGAUGAAAGAAAAGUUUGAUUCAAUGAUCAAGUGGGAAAGGGAAUUAGGUAAAGAACUUGAAUUCACUGAAUGGUUAGAGUCUGCAUUGGCCUUGAAGGGUAUCACUCAAUGUAUAUCGCAUUUGGAAUCUCACUAAAAGAUUCUAUAUAGAUGGUACCUCACUCCCUCCUGGCUUUUUAAGUUACAACUGUCACAUACCAAUUAGUGUUGGGAGUAUGGCCAGGUGGCUCGCCUAUACCAUACGUUUUGGCCAUGCCCGAAAUUGCAAUCUUAUUGGGACUCUAUUCAUCUUUUAAUUAAAACUAUUGAUGACACCG